AUGGUAUUUUGGAAUGUCCUUCUGGGGGUUCUGCUGCACCACUCAGUCCAUGGGGCCCCAGCACAGCUUCCAGUUCAACCUGAAAACUGCUCUGCCAAAAGCCAGAAGAUCUCCUUCAGUCACUCAUACAAGAUUGAUGUGCCCAAGUCCUCUCAGGUCAAGGUGGAGUCUGACCCACAUCCCCCUCAAGAAGAAAGCCACAUGCUGGCAACUGGCGAAAUGGAUGAGGGUGAGGAACAAAAUAUUAUAUUCAAGCACAACAUUUGGCUGCAGACUCCCAAAGCUGACUGUGAAGUCCGAGGCCAGCUCAAGGCUUUGUUGGAAAGACUAGAGAAGAUGGAGAUGGAAGUGGUGCAUCUGAGGGGGAUCUGCAGUCCACAGAGGUGCUGUGGCAGAGGCCAAGGUGAGAACCACAAGGUUUCAUCCUGUAGCGGGCACGGAACUUUCAUCCAAGAGAUUUGUGCCUGCAAAUGUGAUGAAGGCUGGGAAGGCCAGGACUGUUCCAGCUCUGCCUGUCUGGGAAACUGCAGUGGAAAUGGGCACUGCAUUAAUGGUCAAUGCAUUUGCAAUGCACGUUACGCUGGUGAGGACUGCAGCCAGCUCCUGUGUCCUGAGAACUGCAGUGGAAAUGGGGUCUGCGUCAACGGUGUAUGUCAGUGCUUCAAGGAAUUCAUUGGUGACGACUGCAGUGAGAAGAGGUGCCCCAAUGACUGCAGUGGAAAUGGGUACUGUGAUAGUGGCGAGUGUUAUUGUAAGGAUGGCUUCACGGGACUUGACUGCUCCAAAGUGCUUGCUCCCCAGAAUGUACAGAUCCUCAAGACCACAGAAGAUUCUCUGAGCAUUGGCUGGGAUAAGAUGACUGAUGUGGACUAUUACCUCAUCAGCUAUUUUUCUGUUGGGCAUGAGGCCUCUGUGAAGCAAGUGCGAGUGCCCAAAGAUCAGAUCACCUACAAGAUUCUGGGUCUUCUUCCUAGUACAAAGUAUAUAAUCACUCUACACAAUGUAAAGAAGGGGGUUUCUAGUGCCCCAGAACUCCUGCAAGCCAGCACAGCUACUUCUGCCAUUGGUGCUAUCUGGGUGACAGAAGAGAAAGAAAAUUCCCUGGAAGUGGAAUGGGAGAAUCCUGCAACAGAGGUGGAUUAUUACAAGCUAAGAUUCAACUCUUUGCUCAUGCCAGGGGAGGAGGAGGAGGUGCUGGUUCCUAAAAGCAGUGAUGUCAACAGCAGAUAUGUCAUCACAGGCCUGAAACCAGGAACACAGUAUGCGAUCACUGUCAUAUCCAUGAAGGAUGAGAUGGAAGGGAAGCCAUCCUCUGUGAAUGCCUGGACAGAGAUUGACAUUCCCAAAAAUCUAGUGACUGAGCAAGUAACAGAGGAUACAGCUACAGUCUUCUGGGAAGUUCAAGCUCUCAUAGACAAAUAUACAGCACAAUGCAUCUCUGCAGAUGGAGAUAUAAAAGAGGUAUCUGUAGGCACAGAUGAAAGCAUCGCCACCGUGACAGGUCUGGAUCCAGGCAAAGAAUACAUCAUUUACAUUUGGGCUAAGAAGGGGAGGCAGCAGAGCAAGAGGGCAAACACUAAAGUUGUGACAGAAAUCAACAGUCCCAAAAACCUGCUGACAGGCCAAGUGAUGGAGAGCACAGCCUCCCUCUCUUGGACUGAAGUUCAGGCUGUGAUUGACAAAUACAUGGUAAACUACACUUCUGCCAAUGGGAAAUUGUCAGUGGGCAAAGACAAAAGCAGCAUGAUCCUGACAGACCUGAGACCAGGCGUGGAAUAUUUGUGGGCUGAGAGGAAGACUCAGCAGAGCAAAGAGACAAGCAUUGAAGCUGUGACAGAAAUCGAUGGCCCAACUGAUCUGGUAACCAACCAAGUAACAGAAAACACAGCUACCAUUUCUUGGAAUGGGGCCCAGGCUCCAAUAGAGAGAUAUGUGGUGAGCUACACCUCAGUUGAUGGCGACACCAAAGAGAUGCCUGUGGGGAAAGACAAGAGAACCGCCACCCUGAUGGGUUUGAAACCAGGCAUGGAGUAUACUAUCCACAUCUGGGCCAUGAAGGGAACCCAGCAGAGCAGGAAGGCUAGCACAAAAGCAGAGACAGAGAUAGAUGGCCCUACAAACCUGAAAACAAACCAAGCAACAGAGAGCACAGCCACCGUCUCUUGGAAUAAGGCCUCAGCUCCCAUUGAACAAUACAUACUUGGCUAUACCUCUGCUGAUGGAGAAAGUAAAGAGAUUGCAGUUGGGAAGGAUAAGACCAGCACCACCUUGACUGGACUGAAGCCAGGCAUGGAGUAUAUCAUCUACAUCUGGGCUCUGAAGGGAAGCCAGCAGAGCAAGAGGACAAGCACAAAGUCAAUGACAGAAAUUGACCCUCCUAGAAAUGUCCGUGUAUCAGAUGUGACACAGUCAAGUGGAUUGGUCACUUGGACACCACCUGAUGCUCAGAUCAGUGGUUAUCUUCUCACCUAUCAGGAACCAGAUGGUACCAUCAGGGAAAUACAACUAGGUCCUAAUGACGAAAGGUUUGUGCUAGAAGGCCUUGGUCGGGGAACUAAAUACACCAUACAUAUUAUGGCUUUUAAGGGAGACCACUGGAGCCGAAAAGUAGCCACCACCUUUUCUACAGUUAGCAUACGCAAUCCCUACCCUGCAGAUUGCAGCCAGACUGAACAAAAUGGGCACUCCACCAACGGCAUGUACACCAUCUACUUGAAUGGCGACAUCAACAGGCCCCUGCAGGUGUACUGUGACAUGACCACCGACAGUGGUGGAUGGAUAGUAUUUCAGAGGCGCAACACAGGUCAGCUGGAUUUCUUUAAGCGCUGGAGGAAUUAUGUUGAAGGCUUUGGAGAUCCUACUGGGGAAUUUUGGCUUGGCCUUGAAAAGCUGCAUGAUCUCACCAGUACCGCCUCCAUUCCAUAUGAGCUGCGGGUGGAUUUACGAACUUACAAUGAGUCUGUAUACGCUGUCUAUGACCUCUUCCAGGUGGGCUCCAGCAGAGAUAGAUACAGGCUCUCUGUCGGAAAGUACAGAGGCACUGCUGGGGAUGCCAUGUCUUACCAUAACGGUUGGAAAUUUACUACCUGGGACAGGGACAGUGAUAUUGCUCUUAGCAACUGUGCAAUAACACACUACGGUGGCUGGUGGUAUAAGAACUGCCACUUGGCUAAUCUCAAUGGCAAAUAUGGAGAAAAUAAGCACAGUGAGGGAAUUAACUGGGAGCCAUGGAAAGGCCACUUAUUUUCCAUCCCUUACACCGAGAUGAAGAUCCGUCCACGGUCACAAAGCGUUGAGCCAAUUUUAGGCAGAAAAAGGAGAUCUUUGACAGUGAAAGCAUCCAGGAUUUAA